AUGGGAAAGGCCAUCUCUGUGUCCUCGAUCCCUCGAUGUCGAGGUGCCGCUCCUUCACUAUGGCCCCUAGAAGCUGAGCAAGAGCCCUUGCUCUCUCCACCCUAUGCGAACAAAUCCACAGUCCCUACGAAAAAAGGUCCUAUCUUGCUUUCCUUCGAGGAGGCUCCCCAUUGGCUCCAAGACAAUGAGUACAUCCUCAGCGGCUAUCGGCGCCCGAACCAGUCCGUCACAGACUGCAUCGCAAGCUUGACAUAUGUGCAUAAUGAGACUGCGAACAUAUACACGCAUAUGAUCCCGGGACUGUUCUUGGUUGUUGGUGAAAUUCUACUAUACCAAAACUUCCUGUCCUUUUAUCCGGAGGCUACAGAAGCCGACAGACUGGUUUUUGCGUCCCUCUUGUUUGCAGCGCUGAUAUGCAUGUCAUUUUCCACUGGAUAUCAUACCCUGAUGAGCCAUUCUCAUAGUGUCUCCCGUUUGUGGCUGCAGAUGGACUAUAUUGGGAUCAUGGCUUUAAUCCUGGGGAAUAUCUUGACGGGGACUUACAUGGUCUUCUAUUGCGUACCGCACCUGAUAUGGCUUUAUUGGGGAACGCUAAUCCACUAUCUGGUUUUGAUUGAGCAGACUCUCACUCUCGGUUCGUUAUCAUGUAUGAUUAUUCUCCAUCCUACACUGCAGGGUCAAGAGUGGCGCAAUUUCCGCACAGGAACCUUCGCUUGCACGGGAUUAUCGUCGCUCGCUCCCCUAGCCCACGCCACCCUCAUGUUUGGACUAUCUGGAAUGUUUGAACAUUCUGGUCUUCCUUACUAUCUCCUGGAAGGGCUGCUCCAUAUCACUGGGGUUUUCUUCUAUGCGACCCGUAUCCCCGAAUCGUUGAACCCCGGUCAAUUUGAUAUUUGGUUCAGCUCGCAUCAGAUUUUCCACGUCUUGGCAGUGCUGGCAACCGUGGCACAGGUAUUUGGAGUAUGGCAUGCUUUUGAUUACAACUAUACGAAUGGAUUGGCGUGUGAUGCAUCAUGA